AUGGCCACCCAGCACCAGUUCCGUCGCCAUCACCCCCGUGGCCCCUCCGAGGAGGGCGGUGUGGCCGCGCCCCCUGUUGACAUUGACGACCUUUUGGCGCGUGUAGAGGCCACUCUUCUUGCCGACUUUCGUCGUCGAGAGCAAGUGCGAGCCACGGCGUCGGCGGUCACCUCGGUUAUCUUUAUCGGUGUCAUCCUCAAGCUCCAGCUCGACCUGGUCUAUGGCGGUCUCCUGCUUACCGUGUUCGGGUUGAUGGCGGCACCUGCCAUCACCUUCAUCCAGGAGAAGGCCUUCACCUAUGCCCUGGCUAUUGGCUAG